CGGCUGCCGAGCGCACCUCUCCUCUCGGUCCUGCGGAUCUCACGGCCGCUCCCCGGGGCUCGGCACAGCCUCCCGAGUGUGCCGAAUCCCAGCCCGAGCCAUGGUGCUGCCCGACCUGCACAGCGCGGCCGCCAGCGCGGACCUGGCCCGGCUGCGGCAGCGCUGGUGGCUGAACAAGCUCCGCAUCAAUGCCUACAACCGCGACAAGCAGACUCCUCUGCAUCUUGCUUGCAUAAAUGGCCAUGCAGAUGUUGUUCAGUUUCUGGUAGAAAAGAAGUGCAAGCUAAACCCUCGUGACAAAUUGAAUAAAUCACCACUAAUGAAGGCAGUAGAGCACCAGCACAGGGACUGUGCAGCUAUCCUGCUGGAGCACGGUGCCAACCCCAACCACAAAGGUGCGAGCGGUAACACUGCCCUUCACUUGGCCGUCAUGGUUUCUAGCAAAUCCCUGGUGGACCUCUUACUUGAGCACGGUGCAGAUAUUGAGGCUAAGAAUAAAUUGGGAUACACUCCGCUUGCUCUUGCAAUCACUGAAAACUGUGAAGAAAUGGCCAAGUUCCUUCUUCAAAAAGGAGCUGACGUGAAUGCUCAGGAUAAUGUUUUUAGGACCCCUCUUACAAUUGCUACUGUUUCUGGGAAUAAGAAAGCAAAAGAACUUCUUCUUCAGCAUGGUGCUGUUUUUUCUGAGUCAGACAAGGGACUAUGUCAAACUUUCACCAAAGUGGUUCAAGAUGAUGUUAUUGCUAAUGAACAAAUUGGCAGCUCCUGCUAUGAGACAACUCCUGUCAUUCCCUUGGAAACAUCUUCAUUGGCAGAGUCAGAUGAUGGGUCAAAAGAAGAAGCAGCAGAAAAGGAAGACCAAAAUAAAGUGUAUGCUCACAUUAUCACAGCACAGACCUACAGAGACUACAAAGCAGAAGGACCAGAGAAAAAGAAAGACAAAUGCCGCCUCUGGAAUCCUGAGCCUAAUAGUGAAGUUCUAGAUAAAGCAGCAGUCCCUGUGCUGCUUCCUCCUGGAAUGUUCCCAGAGCCCUCUGUUGCCAAGGGGAGCAUCAAAGGGACCUGGAAAGCAGCAGGAGCAGCAAAAGAAGAAGACAAUGGCUCCCUCUGCAAUCCUAAGCAUCUCGGUGGUCUUAUAGACAAAGUGAUUAACCCCGUGCAGCGUCCUGCUGGAAAACGCAGCAGAGUGGGUGAGCGCUCUGCGGCUAAGGAGCAUGGCAAAGGGGUCUUGCAACCAGCAGGAGGAGCAGCAGAAAAGGAAGACACUGAUUCUUCCCUGGAUUCUGAGACUGAUCCUAAAAGUCAAGGGAGAGUGUGGACCAGUGUGUGGCUUCCUGCUGCAAAAGGCAACAGGUUGGAUGCGCGCUCUGCCAAAGUGGAAUGUGGCAAAGGUGUCUCGUCAGCAGCAUCAGUAGAAGCAGAAAAGGAAGAUGGUGAUCUCUCUUGGGGUUCUGAGGCUUUUUCUGAUAUUGUAAAGAAAGUGUUAGGUGGCAAGCGGCGUCCUGCUGCAAAACGCAAACCAGUGGGUGUGCGCUCUACUGCAGUGGAAUGUGGCAAAGGGGUCUUGAAACAAGCAUGUAGAGAAGGGAUGAAGCAAGAUGGAGUCUUGCAGCCAGCAGGGGGAGAAGCAAAAGACGAAGACAACGAUUCUCCCUGGGAUUCUGAGACUGAUUCUGAAGGUGAAGGGAAAAUGUCAGCUGCUGUCCAGCUUCCCACUGCAAACAGCAACAGGUUGGAUGCUGGCUCUGCUGCAGUGGAAUGUGGCAAAGGGGUCUUGAAACAAGCAUAUAGAGAAGGGAUGAAGGAAGAUGGAGUCAUGCAGUCAGCAGGGGGAACAGCAAAAGACGAAGACAACGAUUCUCCCUGGGAUCCUGAGACUGAUUCUGAAGGUAAGGGGAAGGCAUCGGCCAAUGUACAACUUCCUGCUGCACCGCAAAACAGAGUGGGCGUGAGCUCUGCUGCAGUGGAGCACAUCAAAGCUGCAAGAGUAGAACAGAAGGAACAUUUCAUCUCCUCUUCUGAGAAUAAGCUUCCUGCAUUACACGGAGACGAUCUUCGGCUAAAGGUUGAUUCUUCAACUCAAACAGCUUCUGAACAGUACAAACAGCUUCCUGCAUUACACGAAGACGAUCUUCGGCUAAAGGUUGAUUCUUCAACUCAAACAGCUUCUGAACAGGACAAACAGCUUCCUGCAUUACACGGAGACGAUCUUCAGCUAAAGGUUGAUUCUUCAACUCAAACAGCUUCUGAACAGUACAAACAGCUCAAGUACCUGAAAGAACCUUUUCACAAGAAUGAUUAUUAUGCUGAGUCAGUAAAGAAUGUCCUAAAGGAGAAGAAGGUACUAACAGUUCUGAGGAACUUGCAAAGCUGCCUGGCUGAUUGUUUGGAUUCUUCAGCUGCAGCUAUCCCCCAGCUGGAAGAGCGCAUUCGACGGCUCCAAAUUCAAAGGGCAAGGCUGGAAGCCACAAUCCAGCAACAAGCCAAGACAAUUGAAGCUUUAGAGAAAAUCCAGCAAGUCUCUUACCGCAGUAAGCUACUCAGAGCUUUCCCUGUUCGUGAUCCGCAGAGCCUAGUUCAUGACUCCUCUGUGGACACCGGUCUUCGACACUGUGAUUUUCCACACACUAUCAAAAACUGCUUUGGAGAGAAGUUUGCAAAGUGAGCAAAUCCCUGAGGCUGGGUGCCCUGCGGGUGUUUCCACCAUUUUGGGUGUCUGUUCCUAUAAGCUUUGUAAUAGUUAGCAAUUUUGUUCUAGUGAUUACUAUCUAGUGAUUAGUUACUAUUAUUUUGUUCCCAUAAGAUUUGUAAAAGUUAGCAAUUUUGUAUCUAGUGAUUACUAUCUAUGAUUAGUUACUGUUAGUCUGUUCCCAUGAGAUUUGUAAAAGUUAGCAAUUUUGUUCUGGUGAUUACUAUCUAGUGAUUAGUUACUAUUAUUUUGUUCCCAUGAGAUUUGUAAAAGUUACUAAUUUUAUAUCUAGUGAUUGCUAUCUAGUGAUUAGUUACUGUUAUUUUGUUCCCAUGAGAUUUGUAAAAGUUAGCAAUUUUGUAUCUAGUUGUUACUAUCUAGUGAUUGCUUCUGUUAUUUUUUUGCCUGUUGCUGUUUCAC